AUGAAGAGAUUCAGCAUUCUCUUUCCAUUUUCUCUGAAAUGCAUUGUCCUCUUGCUCUUCAUGCAGCUGAGCUUGGAAAGUACUCCCUCUAAUAUUGAUGCUGUAACCACAGGUGGUGGGAAUAAAAACGAUCAUCUUGCUUUAUUAGAAUUCAAGGCAAAGAUUGUACAUGACCCUCAAAAUGUCAUGAGGUCAUGGAAUGGUUCUGCCCAUUUCUGUAAUUGGGAAGGUGUCGUAUGUGGUCGCAAGCACAGAAGAGUUACCAUUCUUAAUCUUGAAGAUAAAGGCUUGGUGGGUUCUUUGUCUCCUUAUAUAGGAAACAUGAGUUUCCUUAGGCAGAUAAGACUCCGCAACAAUAGCCUCCAAGGAAAAAUCCCAGCUGAAGUUGGUCGCUUGUUUAGGCUACAAGCUUUUGAUCUGUAUUACAACCAUGUUGAAGGGAAAAUUCCAUGGAACUUGUCCCUCUGUUCAAACCUCAGGCUGUUGUUCUUAGAAAACAACAAGCUAGAAGGACAAAUUCCAACCGAGCUUGCAAAUUUGCGUAAGCUUUGGGUACUUGACCUCGAUGUAAACUAUUUGACUGGCGGCCUUCCACCUUCUAUCGCGAACAUGAGCUUGUUGGAAAUGUUGGCUGUCACUAACAAUUUUCUUAUUGGAAGUAUUCCAGAUGUCCUGGGGCAACUAAGUCACUUGUCCACGAUCGGACUUGAAUUGAACAAUUUCUCAGGUAUCAUCCCUCCAUGCAUGUAUAAUAUUUCGUCCAUCAAAAUUUUCUCUGUGGCUUUUAAUUCGCUUCAUGGAAGUGUCCCAUCAGACAUUGGAAUCCUCCUACCGCACCUACAGCGGCUUCAACUGGACAAUAACUACUUCAGUGGAUCAAUUCCACUGUCAAUAUCCAACGCUUCAGAACUUCAAGUAUUGACUUUGUCAGGAAACAAAUUCAAUGGAGAAGUUCUUGUCCAGUUUGGACUACUCAAACAGUUGCGAAUUUUAUUUUUAGGAGACAACAAUUUCAAUGGUGGUUUACAAUUCAUCGCAUCUAUGGCAAACUGUAGCAGUUUGAUAUAUUUGGAUUUAUCCCAUAGUCAGUUUACAGGAGCAUUGCCUAAUUCGGUUGCCAAUCUCUCUUCUAAUCUUCGAUUUCUAGCAAUUGCAGAUAAUCGAAUAUCAGGUAGCCUCCCCCUAGGCUUAUUUGAUCUUGUUAACUUACCAAGAAUAAUCUUGCAAAGAAAUCAAAUUACAGGAGCUAUUCCUACUGAAAUCGGUAAGCUUCAGAAACUACAGGAACUCUUUCUUGAUCGAAAUAGAUUAUCUGGAAAAAUUCCUUCAUCUAUUGGAAACUUAUCAUUCUUGAUUAAUCUUCAAUUGGACACUAACAUGUUACAAGGCAAUAUCCCGUCUAGCUUAGGCAAUUGUCGUAACUUACUACGGAUAGGUCUUUCUAGGAAUAAUUUAACUGGGUUCAUACCAAAACAACUUUUUCCUAUUGCUUCCAUGUUAAUUUCCAUAUCUCUAUUUCAAAAUCAUUUGGUUGGACCCCUCCCUUUGGAAAUUGGCAAUUUAUUCAAUUUGAAUGAACUGAAUAUUUCCCAAAAUAUGUUGUCUGGAGAAAUUCCAAGUAAUCUUGGUCAGUGUCGUAGCCUUGAGUUCCUUUUCAUGGACAAUAACAAUUUUCAUGGUGUCAUACCCAUGUCAUUGGAGUCAUUAAGAGGCCUUAGACGAUUUGAUCUUUCUAAUAAUAACAUGUCUGGUCCAAUUCCAAAGUUUUUAGGGAAACUUGCCUUGGAAUAUUUGAAUUUUUCUUUCAACAAUUUUGAGGGUGAGGUUCCAACGGAAGGUGUUUUUGCAAAUAUGAGUUCGACAUCACUUGAAGGUAACAAGAUGGUUUGUGGGGGCAUUCAAGAACUACGUCUGCCAAGAUGUAGUUUCGACGUAUCGAAGAAAAGAAAAUUACUUCAAGUAAUUAAAGUAGCUGUCAUCACAAUUCCAUGCAUUCUUGGUGUGCUUAUUUUGUCAGCCUCCUUGUACUGUUGGUUCAAAAGGCAGAAAAGGAUGCAAUCUCCGAGCUCAUUGGAAUUAAAAUCAUUUCCAAAACUUUCUUAUCAAAAGAUUCUCAAGGCAACUGAUGGGUUUUCGACAGCAAAUUUGCUUGGUGCUGGUAGUUUCGGAUCUGUCUACAAAGGCACCCUUGAGGAGGAUGGAGUCAUCAUUGCAGUAAAAGUACUCAACCCUCAACGGAGAGGAGCUGCAAAAAGUUUCAAGGCUGAGUGCAAGGUCUUGCAAAACAUCCGUCAUCGUAAUCUUGUAAGGACCAUCACUUCUUGCUCGAGUAUUGAUUUUCAAGGAAAUGAUUUCAAGGCACUUGUUUACGAGUAUAUGCCGAACGGGAACUUGGACAAGUGGUUGCAUCCAAGUUCGGAAAUAUAUGUCGAGCCAACUGAACAAUGGAGCCUGAGCUUUCUCCAAAGAAUAAACAUUGCCAUAGACGUAGGAAACGCACUGGAUUAUCUUCACCAUGGCUGCCAAAAGCCAGUCAUUCAUUGUGAUCUAAAGCCAAGCAACAUUCUUCUUGACAAUGAGAUGGUUGCUCAUAUUGGAGAUUUUGGGCUAGCAAAGUUCCUCUCUCAGCUCAGUGGUCCAAUUCACAGCAGUUCAGUGGGAGUGAGAGGCACAAUUGGUUAUGCAGCACCAGGUAAUUAA